UUUUAGUGUCUUUGUGUAACUGAAACACACCGAGAGAAAAGAAAAAAAGUAGGAGGGCUGCACAAGUUUGAGAUCUGAGCACAGAGAAAAUUUACAGCAGCGCUGAGAUGGAAAUGCAGCUUCCACCUCACGAGGGAAGCGAGCUUUCUGUGGUCGACAUGCACACGGGUGGAGAGCCUUUGCGUAUCAUCCUCAGUGGCUACCCAGAGGUCAAAGGCGACAGUGUGCUUUCCAAACGUCGCUACGUCCGGGAACAUCUGGACCACCUCAGGAGGGUGCUGAUGUAUGAACCGCGAGGACACUACGACAUGUACGGGGCCCUGAUCGUGGACAGCGAGUUACCCGAGGCCGACCUGGCAGUGCUGUUCAUGCACAACGAGGGCUACAGCACCAUGUGCGGCCACGCCGUCAUCGCACUGGGACGCUUCGCUGUGGACUACAAACUAGUGAAAGAGCCAAAGUCGCCAGAGACACAAGUGAACAUCCACUGUCCCUGUGGCCUGGUGAAGGCCUUCGUUGAGUACUCUGAGGGGAAAACAGGAGGAGUGAGGUUUCUCAGCGUGCCAGCGUUUGCAUUUGCUACAGAUGUGACAGUGACCGUGGAGGGGUUUGGUGAAGUAACAGUUGACAUCAGCUACGGAGGGGCCUUUUAUGCCUUUGUGAAUGCCCAGAGGUUUGGUCUGGAUGUGUCCAAGUCCAGGACUCGGGAUCUUGUCGACGCAGCCACAGCUGUGACCAGAGCUGUCAAAUGUCAGGUGAAGUUGGAUCAUCCAGCCAGCGAUGAUCUGGCCUUCCUGUAUGGCACCAUCCUCACAGACGGGAAAGACGAUUACUCCUCUGAACCCACCGCCAAUAUCUGUGUGUUUGCUGAAGCUCAGGUAGACCGAAGCCCGACUGGUUCUGGUGUCACGGCUCGAGUAGCUCUUCAGUAUCACAAAGGCCUCAUCCAGCUGAACCAGACCAGGACGUUCCAGAGCGGAGCCACUGGGUCCCAGUUCACAGGAAAGGCUGUUGAGGAGACCAAGUGUGGAGACUUCAAGGCUGUAGUGGUGGAAGUUGCUGGCAGAGCUUUUUACACCGGAGUUUCACGCUUUGUGCAGGAGGCAGAUGACAAGCUGACACAUGGUUUCCUGCUGAAGUAAGCAAGACGUAUAGGUUCUCUAUACAAAAACAAAUUAAAACAAAGGUUAUAUGGUGGUUUUUAAUAAGACAAAAACACAUUUUAUGAAAUCUUUUAGAUGACCAAGACUUGGUUUAGCAGCCUGCUUUAGCAGAGUAGUAAAUGAAGAAAUUGUUUUCCUUACCUAUGUUUUAAGAAAAACAAAAACUAUUAUACAUCUUGUGAAUCAUCAAAUUGCCCUAAAUUAUAUUUAAUAGAUUAGCAAAGUACAUAACUAACUCUUAGAGACAGUGAGGAUCUCAGUCACUGGACACAUCCGUUGAGUUGAUUCAGUCAUCUGACCAGCCCAGAGGUGUUUCAGCCACGUCAAACUUCUGGGGCAGACUUAGGACAUGCAGAGUGUCUCAUCUGGCUUGGUAACACCUCGGGAUCCCCCCCAAGAGAGUUGGAAGAGGGAAAGAGGAAGAGACCAAGGUCUGGGUUUCUUUGCUUUGCUUAGACCCUGCCCCAGAUUAGCAGUAGAAAAUGGAUGGAUGGUUAUAACUAAAGAUAUAAUCUGAAGAACAGCUAAAAGGAAGUGUACUGCCAUUCAGAUAUCUACUAAAAUAUUCUUGACAGUGAACUGUAACUUUGAUUGUAUAUGAUAAUAAACAUAAAUAACUAUGUUAUCGUGUAUAACUAAAUGUAAAAAGGGAUUUUUGCUUUGAUGAUUUGAGGUGUACAUUAAAUGUUGUGUUGCAUUUACUGACCACUAGAUGGAGCCACAAUGCUGGUUACCUUUAUAGUUUAAAAUUCAGACACAUAAAAAAGACGCUUCCACUUCAUGUUUGAGGUUUUUAGUAGCGAUAAACGACUUUUUAAAACCAGAGUCAAUGCUGCGUGAAAGUGCAUGUGUUGAAAAACUAAAUGAUCAAACUCAACAGCUGUUUUCUCCCAUUUAUUAUCUUUAGGUCAUUGUACAAUGGAAGGCAGUUUAAAUUAUAAAAGUUCGGUGGAGGUGUCGGCUGGAUGGAGUCGCACGGCUGAAGGGGGAACGUCGCACGUCCACAUGUGAUGUUUUCUACAAGAAUGAAAACAUCACAUGUGGAGCAGAUUUUUUUUCUGCCCUUUCUUUUGAUGCAGUGUAAAUCCAGCCAGCAUGCAGCAAACAUUUCAUCUAUUCAAAUAAUAAAAAACAUUUAAGGAGGGCACUCUCUUCAAAGGGGAAAAACAAGUAUAUUGCAUUAGUUGUUGGUUUCAAUGGUGUUUAGCAUUAUGAAUUCCUAUGUGCAUGUGUAACAAGCACACACGCUUGUAUACUAUAGAUGUAUAUAAUGUGUGACACUUGUGUCCACACACCUGGUAA